UGUGGAUAGCAACCAAGGAAGACACGGAUGAGGCAGUAUGAAACAUUAAUCGUAGAAUUGGUGCUUCAGAGCAUUUGGAUUAUCAUUUCCAACGCAAUUCUCCACCAAUUUAAAGGAGGCGUUAAAGAACAAAGAGCACCUUGCCCAAUUGUAGAGCUUCCUCUCAGUGACUGUGGUGAGUUUGACCUGAGGGUCAUUCCUAUGGUGGCCAGCCAAUGCCUGGCCAUGGGCAACGGUUCGAUAAAAGCCCCACAGGCUGAGGAGAACAGCUGCCUGGCCUCCAUCCACACAGACACUCCGGGCCUGGACACAGAUGCCCUCAGAAUGAGAAUUUCCCAUCUAGAGGCAGAGCUGGCACGUCGGGACCAAGAGUUCCAUGCCCAGGAGCUGCACUUACAGCAUCUCCAGAGGGAACUGGAGGCCAAGAUCUCACAGAUUGACAAGCUCCAGGAUGCUAUCGGCUACACCAACAGUCUGGGCCGCUCACAGCCUGCCCUAUGCCACCGCAGCCACCAUCGUUUCAGUGUCAUCAACCAGGGUCCCAGUCGCUUCCACAGGGUGGCCGUAGAGGUCCACCGCAGGCUCAAAGCAAAAGAGGGUGUCUCUGCUGAACCCACCUCAGAGACCUUCUGCGGUGGGUUGAGAGCAGCACACAUCUCCAUCACAAAGGCUGUCCGCAAAGACUCACACACAAAGAAGCUCAUUAAUGAUGCCAUCAUGAAAAAUGACUUUCUAAAGAAGUUGGAGCCGCAGCACAUGAGGGAGAUGGUGGACUGUAUGUAUGGGAAGGUUUACACUGAAGGACAGCUCGUAAUUCAGGAGGGAGAACCUGGAAACUACCUCUAUGUACUGGCAGAGGGCUUGUUGGAGGUCAUCCAGAAUGGGAAGCUGUUGGGGGAGAUGCGCCCGGGCACAGCUUUUGGAGAACUAGCUAUACUGUACAACUGUAAGAGAACAGCCACUGUUAAAGCUGUGUCCCAGUCUCACAUCUGGGCACUGGACCGCCAGACUUUCCAGACCAUUAUGAUGCAGACUACACAGGCCAGACAUGAGGAGUACUUCAGCUUUCUGCGCAGUGUGUCUCUGCUGCAAGGACUGCCUGAGGAAAAACUCGCCAAGAUUGUUGAUUGUCUAGAAGUGGACCAUUUUGAGAAAGGGGAGCAUAUUAUUCGAGAAGGUGAAGAAGGGAACACUUUCUUUAUUAUCUCAAAAGGAGAGGUCAUAGUCACUCAGAGCACAGAGGGGUUUGCUGAACCACAGGAAAUCAAGACACUGAGAGUUGGAGACUACUUUGGAGAGAAAGCUCUCAUCAGUGAGGAUGUUCGCUCAGCCAACAUCAUCUGUAAUGAGAACGACACACACUGCCUGGUGGUGGACAGAGACAAUUUCAACCAAAUGGUGGGAACAUAUGAGGAGCUUCAGGCAUACCUAAAGGAAUAUGUGGAAGAACUUUCCAGGAGUGAUGAGAGGAGAAAUGCCCUGCCUCACUCACCUCAGAUUGAUGCUGCAGAGGCUCAGGAGCUGAGUCGGCUGAGAGAGAGGAUUGCUCUCCUGCCUCCACACCAGCCUUUCCAGGAGCUUGAGGUCAUAGCUACACUGGGUAUGGGAGGAUUUGGACGAGUGGAGCUGGUAAAACUCAAGGACGAGGACAUCACGUUUGCUCUAAAGUGCAUUAAGAAGAAGCACAUUGUGGACACCAGACAGCAGGAGCACAUCUACUCUGAGAAAAACAUCCUUCAGCAAACAAACUCUGCAUUUAUCAUCAGGUUAUUCCGAACAUUUCGAGAUAAUAAAUUUGUCUACAUGCUGCUAGAGGCGUGUCUUGGUGGAGAGCUGUGGACUGUGCUGCGGGACAUGAGUUAUUUUGAUGAUCCGACAGCCAGAUUCUGUACCGGUUGUGUCUUAGAGGCCUUUGAUUACCUCCACACUAUGGGCAUUGUUUACAGAGACCUGAAACCGGAAAACCUUCUAUUGGACACUGAAGGUUAUGUCAAAUUGGCAGACUUUGGCUUUGCUAAAAAGAUUGGGCUUGGAAAGAAGACCUGGACAUUCUGUGGUACUCCAGAGUACGUAGCCCCAGAGGUCAUCAUGAACAAAGGCCAUGACUUUGGAGCAGAUUGUUGGUCCUUGGGAAUCCUCAUAUUUGAACUCCUCACUGGGAACCCACCCUUUGCUGGCUCAGACCCCAUAAAGAUUUACACCAUGGUCCUCCAUGGAAUCGAGAAAGUGGACUUUCCCAAAAAAAUAGGAAAGCGUUCAGAUGACCUAAUCAGAAGACUCUGCAAGCUAAACCCAGUGGAGAGGCUGGGAAACAAAAAGAAUGGAAUCAUUGAAAUUAAGAAACACAAGUGGUUUCAGGGCUUCAACUGGGAAGGUUUGAGGCACCGCAAGCUGGUGUCUCCACUGAGGAGAGAGCUGAAGGGACCGAUGGAUCACAGUCACUUCGACAUGUUUCCUCCUGACACUGAGGAGCCUCCUGAUGAGCUGUCUGGGUGGGAUAAAGACUUCUGAGUACUCUGAGCAUAUUGAAUCUACAACCAGCAACAGUGAAUCUGACUGAAUCUCAAGCUUCAGUGGGUUAGAAAUCCAAUACAUAAAGCUUGUCAAGUUUUUCCACUCUCACUGCAGCUUACUGUGCUCCAGAUGGAUCACUAUCAUGAUGAUGACUUUUUUGGAUAAUGUUAAUUGUAAAAAAUACAAAUAAGCAUCAUUAUAUUCAUAUGAAUGAGGGAGAGAUAUUCUCUAAAAAUCUUGUUGUAGUAUGUUUCCCUUCUGGGUAUAAUAGACCCCUUCUGUAUUUACAGCUGCAUGUCUAAUACACUGAAAUUCCUAGUCAAACCUCAACAACUUGGGGUGAUUUUGUACUAGAUAAAACUUUUCACAUCCUCAAUCAGCCCUUUACCACUGCAAGAACCGAACAAACUGCAGCAUCAGAGUUCCCAUAAUCUAAGAAGUACUACACUGAGUUUUCACAGUAUUUUACAAGUAUAUUUCAGGUAUCAACUAUGUUAUUUUUAUUUGCUGUUUUGUAGGUGAGUAAAAUAACCAAUUAGGGGCUUUUUUCUUUGUUAUGGAUUGCGAUCCUUUAUUUUUCUGUUGUCUUGUUUCAUCAUUAUACAUUGACUGAAUGACAUGGUGGUCCAAUGGUUAGCGCUGUUGCUUUACAGCUAAAAGGUUCUAGGUUUGAACCUGUCAGCUGGACCCUUCUUUUUUGUUUUCCUCAAAUUUGUAUGAGUUCCCUCUGGGUUCUUUGGUCCCCUCCCCCCAUUCCAAAACAUGUAGUUUAGGUUAAUUAGUGACCCUAAAUUUCUUGUAGGUGUGAAUAUGAAAUGGUUGUUUGUCACUGUGAUGAACGGGUGGCAUUAGAUGGAAUAGGCUUUGGCCCUCCUAUGACUCUACAAAGGAAAACAGAAAAUUAAUGGUUGAAUGAAAUCAGACACACAAUUGCUGAGUUCUCUGGGCCAUUUCUUGGUUACAAACCUCUUACUCCAGCUUAAUGAGGGACCUAAAAGUACCUGGAAUUUGCAUUUAGUAUCACAUUUUAAGUGGUGCCCACAUUUAGCUGAAUUAACUUUUUGUGUUUUGCCUUCUUUUGUGUUCCAGUGAGUGUUAUGCCCCAGUGGGUGAUCACAUUUGUUCUUGAAUUCCACUGGAGGUGGAUCCUGGCACACAGUGUGAUCAUUGUUUUCCUCCCAGAGUGAAAGAAUACUGUGCAGUCUGUUCAAAGUUGGAAUUCUGCCACAGAGGUCUCUCAGUGUUUGUUGGGAUAUUUGUCAUUCCCACAGGACCAAGGGCAGUAUGGUACUCUGAAAUUAGAUGUGGGAAGUAGGCAGCAAAAAGCAUCACUGUAUUCUAUUUGGAAAAGUCAGAGUUGUUGUACUGUACUAUCCUGUAUUCACUGAUAGAGCCAAAUGGUCGAUAAAAGCACUCAGCAUCAGCAUCAAUAUGUAUUGACAAAUAAACAAAAUUCAGCUUUUUCAAGAAAAAUGCUUAUGUAAAAUGAUUAUUUUCUUUUUUUUAUGAUUUUGAUAGUAAAUACGGUGACACACAUUGUAUUAGACAAAUAGAAAAGUAAUACCAAGCAGUAAUACGUGGAGUCCAUAUAAUCACGGCUGCUUUACAAUGGGACAGUUGUCAAUUUCAGUCAGUUGUAUGGUGUUUUGAGCUUUGUGAACCCUGAGAUAGUGAUGUCUUCAAGUUAUCUUCAUAUAUAACAAAAAUCCUAAGGUACAAACUGGGGAAGAGAAGUUUGAAAACAUGCAGUUGUUUACCAGUCUGACACAUAAUGCAGAGUUGCAUUAUAAGAAGAUUAUAAUAUAUACAUUAUAAGAGUCCUAAAACAAAUCAAAAAUGAAUCUCUCAUCCUUUAAAAUUGCUAUUAUAAUUAUGUUUUUAAGAUUUUUUUAAAAUAUAUUUUUAUAUUGAUUGCAUGUUUAAACGUGUGCUACUAUUCAGUUGUCCUGUGUUUGAUGUUUGCUUCUUUCUAUAGUAAUUAGUUGCAUUUUUAGUUUGAAAGUCUAAGUAAAAGUAGUAGAAAACAGAAAUAAAACAUGCAAAAGAGUCAAAUAUAUAUAAAGCAAAAGCAAAGCAAAGCAGGUUCAUAUAUGAACCCUGAAACUUUAAACAGGAAAUUUAGUUGAAUCCGGUGAUUUCACUGCCAAAUCAUCAAAUAGAAGGGGAAACAAACUGAACUAUAUAUAUGCAAACUGAACAUAAUACUGCUAACAGCUCCCAAUCAACCACUGAAGUGACUUACUGCUUGGCCCAUUAAAGGGUUACAGUCACUCCCUGAAUCAGCAAAAAUGAUCCAGCCUGUACAGUAGACCUUAGUGGGUUGAUUUACAGCAGAAUAAAA